GAUGUAGUAUGUAGUCCGGAUACAAGCCGCACUACAAAGACGGCUCUUAACACCACGAUAUCGUGACUGGGGAUUGAUGGUGAGGGCUGAUGAAGGAGGGUGUUGUGUUGAAUUGGAUGGAGAGUUGCAGACUUCGGAGGACCAUCUGAUGAAAUACAUAACGACUUGCUUGCUGUUCGGUUCCUUUUUGAAUCAUCGAAUGUAUGCGCCCAGCGGACCAGCACAGCAGCAGUUCACACCCACCCCACAGGAUAAAGUUCCAAAUUGAAAAAUAAAUAGUUCCUCUUGACCGUGUCGAGUGCCUCCGUAUCCACUGCUACUUUCAACUUUCCAUAAUGUCUUCAACAUCUCCCUUGGAGUUCACCCCAACCGAACAAAUCAAAGAGAUUUACGCAACCGUCUCUCAAGGCCAUUCCAGUGGUAUCACCAAAUCCUACGAAUGGAGAGAGCAUCAACUCAAACAACUAGGUUAUCUAUUGCAAGAGAAUGAAUCUCUUCUGGAGGAAGCUCUCACCAUUGAUCUUGGCAGACCAAACCUUGAAAAUCACGUGGGCGAGUUGGUGGGGACGAGAAACGAGGUCCUCUCUGCGUUGAAAAAUCUCAAGAAAUGGAUCAAGCCUCAAAGUGUGAAGACCGAGCUUACUUGGCUGAUUGCCAAACCUCGGGUCUCUCAUGAACCCAAAGGGAUCGUGGCAAUUUUCGGAGCUUGGAACUAUCCUGUAGCGGUACUGUUUGGUCCACUCGUCGGUGCAAUCGCUGGCGGAAACUCCAUCAUUCUCAAACCCUCUGAAAACUGUCCUGCGACCAGCAACCUCAUGACAACCUUGGUCCGAAAAUACUUGGAUCCUCGGAACAUCUGUGUCGUCAAUGGUGGCCAAGAGCAAAGUACUGCCCUGCUUGAUUGCCGAUUUGACCACAUCUUCUUCACGGGUGGGACUUCCAUCGGUAAGAUUAUUGCACUUAAGGCUGCUGAGACAUUGACCACUACUACACUGGAGCUAGGUGGAAAGUCUCCUGUAGUCGUCUUGGACGAUGCUGAUUUUUUGGUGGCGGCCAGGAGAAUCCUUUGGGCGAAAGGCUUGAAUGCAGGUCAAACUUGCAUUGCACCUGAUUAUGUCUUGGUUUCGGAACAAAGCGAAUCAAAACUUAUUGCAGCCAUGAAGCAGGUUCUGAAGGAAUUUUUCCCGCCCGAUGCUCAAGGAGACAAGGCCUCCACUAAUCGGGACACCACCGACCCGUCAGAUUCGAAAUUCUGCAAAAUCAUCAACCAAAGACAUUUCGAUCGACUUAACAGCUACCUCAGUCAAACCAAGGGUGAAAUUGUCAAAUUGGACUUGAAUAGUUCCGCCCAGCCGGAAUCAGCCGAUCCUGCUUCGCUGAAGAUACCACUUACACUGAUACGCAAUGUCCAACACGAUGAUAUUCUAAUGGAAAACGAGUUGUUUGGGCCAUUGUUGCCUAUCUUGACGUAUAACAAUGACCACGAAGAUAUUGUGCAAUGCCUUCAUAGAAUCAGUCAAUCCGCCCCCUUGGCACUCUAUGCCUUUGGUCAAAGCGAAGAAAAGUUGGAAUUUAUUCGCAGACAAACUAAAUCUGGGCAAUUCGUCUGCAACGAUCUCUUAAUCCAAUUCAACAUCCCCGGCUUGCCUUUUGGCGGAGUAGGAGCAUCGGGUCUCGGAAACUAUCAUGGAUACUAUUCAUUCCUCGCGUUUACGUAUGAACGCCCGAUGGUGAACUUCCCAUUCUGGGCUGACGUAUUACUCAAGAGUCGGUACCCGCCCUACACGAGCUUUAAGUUUAAGUUUAUGCAAGCCGUCUUAGGCCCGUCCAAAUUGAAAGGCAAAUCGAACCCCAAUCCGCCCGCGCUGACGGAUCCACUGGACUUCAAACGUCUCUUGGAUCCAUCCUCAACCGGAUGGCUUGCUAAGAUCCCCGUGAAGUUGAGCUUGAUGGCUCUGCUCUUCGCCUUCUAUUGCUCGCGUCGCCAAGAUUCUCUCGGCCAAAAAGGAUUAUUCAAUUCUUUCAAAAAAGUGCAAGAUCAAGUAAAACAGUUUAUCUCUUCUUGAUCUCUCAGUUUUACUCACUCAAGCCAGUUAAACUCGAUAUGUCUUCUCCAGUCUUCUGAAAGAUGUCGAUAACCAAAAACUUGGGCGCAAGAAAUCUUCAAACUACCUAUAGCCCCAAAGCAUUUUCUAUCUCUCUCUUGUUCAUCAUCACUGAUCACCAACACUUACACGCAAAAAAAACUCGAAUUAUCGCCUCGACCUUUUGUCCCUUGUACAGUCUUACCUAACUGGCCGUGUAUUUAUCUUUUAUCCUGUUUGUCAUCUUUUCUCCCAUUGAUGGGUGUUUUAUAUUUUCCGACAUUUCUGAAAUACGUGUGUAUUCACCACAUUUCUGUUAUAUUUCAAUCAAUCAAGAUAAAACACAUGCAUUGUUCUAUUAUAAUUCAAAAGUGGACAAGUAAACAAAGCAACCCCUUUUCGUUUGUUAAAGUGUGUGUUCUCUUUUGUUUCCUCGUCAUUUUCUCCCCCCUUCAGAAAGUUUUAUGUGCGCUUAUUGUAUUUAAGAGGAUGAAAUAAGAAAUGC